GAAAUUCUCUUCUCUUCUUCCUUGUGUGAGCAGAAGGAGAGGGACACAUCUGCAGCAGCCCCAGCAGUGGAGAAAAUACGCGACAAUAAUCAUGCCGAUGCUCGUGGUGAACACCAACGUGGCUAAAAGCGACGUCCCUGCGGCUCUGCUGUCCGAAGCCACGGAGGACCUGGCCAAGGCGAUAGGCAAACCCGUGCAGUACAUUGCUGUGCACAUCAACCCUGACCAAAUGAUGAUGUUUGGAGGAAAGGGAGACCCCUGCGCCCUCUGUUCCCUCCACAGCAUCGGCAAGAUCGGCGGCUCUCACAACAAGCAGUAUUCAAAACUGCUGUGCGGACUGCUAAACAAACACCUGAGCAUAGCGCCUGACAGGAUUUACAUUAACUUUGUGGACAUGGAUGCAGCCAAUGUGGGCUGGAACAAUACUACCUUUGGCUGACAUGGAGGUCAACUUUCUAAAACAGAAGAUCAUUCCAGCUUUUUCCUACUUUACAUAGUCAAAAGCGAUGCAAUGGAUAAUAAAGGCAGUCAGAGGUACAGACUAGAACAGUCAGAAUACUGUGGAGCUUGUCCAAGAAGCACUUAACCUGAUCCUUUUGCUUUGCACUAUUCCUUUUCCAUUCAAAAAUAAAUAAAUAAAAAUCCUGUAGGUCAUGGAUGAAGCCA